GUAUAUACGACGCUCGCCUCGCCGAAGAAACGUCAUCGUUCUCCCUUGUCACUUGUUUAUAUUCGGUGAUACGGAAUACAAUAUACAAUACAGUGGUGUGAAGUGGAGCCGAGGUGCGAGUAUCGCGCGAUGCACGUGCGUGACAUUAUUUCGUUAAACAAUUCUGCUGCGCGAUCGCAUCUAUGAGCACUCCCAGCUACGAAACGGUCGACGUUACGACGACGACGACGAUAUCAAAAGUGUAUCAGAGGAAUGGCAGAAGAUGAAAGACAAAUUAGGAUGGCCGCUGAGGCCAUACUGAGUGGCUCCAUCAACUCCCAAAGAAGUUCAGUUACCCAACAUAGUAUGACGAGAACGCCGGAUAUUAUCUUCAGCGAGGAUUUGAUUGCAGGAGCUCGGCAUAACGGCAGAAUGUCCAAUGUCAGGCGUUUCUUUUGUCUCUUCAUUACCUUCGAUCUUCUUCUUACAUUUCUCAUGUGGCUCAUUUGCACAAUGAUUGCAGGUGAAAGUUUAAAUACAGCUUUCCUAAAUCAGGUGAUACACUAUCAUAUAAAGACAUCUUUAUUUGACAUUGUGAUGGCAGCAAUUUGCAGGUUCACCGUCUUGUUGCUCUUUUACGCGCUAUUAUAUCUCAAUCACUGGAUCAUUGUAGCUAUAUCAACUGCCACAACAUGUGCCUUUCUAAUUGCAAAAGUUUUUCUUUUUGAUUGGACAUCAGCUAAUCAACCAGUAUUUCAAGUUCUGCUAAUCUUAACAUCUUUUGUGUUAUCCUGGGCGGAGGCUUGGUUCUUUGAUUUUCGCGUGAUACCUCAGGAAAUUCAAGCAAGAAAUUGGAUUCGAAAUUUCCCGGAUACAGAAAGAACUCCUCUACUACAAAACGUCAUUACCGAAUCACGACAAUAUGCAGCAAACGUCGAUCACAUGAGCACAUUUUUUACACCUGUGGAUUCCCCAAGUCAUUCCGAUGAUGAAGACAUUUCCAAAAAGCAAGACUCAAGAAGAUUAUCAAGGUCCAGCGAGUUAUCUAUGUUUCUAGCAAAACUUACACCUGAUAAGAUCGACGAAUAUAAAACGAGGGCAUCUAAAAUGUUGCAAAACUGUUACAACUUAUUAACAUCAAAAGAAUGGAAGGUCGAAACUAUAACAACUGAUGGCGACGAAGUGUCUUAUAUGCAGCUGCCAUCAGAAUGGAAAUUAGAUGGAAAGGUCAUGAGAAUCACUGGCAUUAUCGACGUGCCUGCUAGUAUAUUAAUAGAUUUAUUGUUUGAUGGUAUCGAGGAAUUUCCUUUGUGGAACAAACUUGUGACAGAAUCGAUAAAAUUAGAGAAUAUCGAUGAAGACACGGACAUCGUUUAUCAAGCAACAAGUUCUUAUGGUGGUGGUCUCAUCACAGCGCGAGAUUUUGUUAUCUUGAGACAUCGUAAGAAAUGCGGCGAUUAUUAUAUCAACAGUGGUAUAUCUGUCCCUACGGCAUUGGUUCAGAUACGUCCAAAUAUAACUAGAGGUGAAAAUGGUAUAAGUUGUUUUGCAACAGAAGACUUGUCUGACGAAGAAGCCAAAUGUCGUUUCACCUGGAUUUUAAAUACAAAUCUUAAGGGGUGGAUACCACAAACAGUUGUAGAUAGAGCCAUGUCCACUAGUCUAAUUGACUUCAUCACAUAUUUAAGAAAACAUUUGGAUGAUAUGCAGAAACCAUUAGUCUAGUACAAUGUUGCUCAUAAAAAUGAUAAAUAGAAUUACCUACCCCUAUCUAUCUAUUUACUCUCUUUGAUAUACUAUGUUAGAUUUAUAUAUCUUUGGUUUAAUAUAUAUUGACGCACAUAUAAGAGCAAUAUUGAAAUUCUUAUUAUUACAAUAUUAUAAUAAUAGAUCUUUUAGAAAAUAUGCUUUAAACACACAGUUGAAAAAAAGGUGCCAUUUUCCUAAACAAAAUUUUUUAAAG